GUGUCAUCAACUGCCCCGUGGAACAACACCAUUGGCUAAACAGCUCUAACCGACGUGUAACAAUCCACGGUGGCAAUCACACACACAUUCUCUAACCUCUAUAUCCCUCUGGUGCUCACUCCACCGGCGGUUCAGCCACAAUCUCCGAUCUGAAAAACCGUCACGGCAACAACCACCGCAUUCUACACCUCACCGUCAUUACAUCCACUAAAACCUGCACGGAUCGUUUGCAGAGGAACGACGUCGUUGUGUGAAUCAGAUCGUGAAUUGUACCAUUGAAGAUUUAUUGACGGAAUCGAUUCAUCGUGCUCGUAUUCGCGAUGGCGUUGUGUCUAUACGGUGUCGUUUUGUUGUUUCUAACUCUAGGAUCGGAUUAUACUUCAUCUACUGUUUAUGCUGCCAGUUCCGAAGGCGUUGAGAUUACUUAUGGAUCAGUGAUCAAGUUGAUGCAUGAAAAGACAAAGUUCCGACUACACUCGCAUGAUGUGCCAUAUGGAUCCGGCAGUGGGCAGCAGUCUGUUACUGGUUUUCCUGAAGUAAACGAUGCCAAUAGCUACUGGAUUGUUAGACCUGAGACCCAGACAUCCUACAAACCUGGAGACAACAUAAAAACCGGAACCAUCAUUCGGUUGCAACACAUGAAAACCAGAAGAUGGCUCCAUAGCCACUUGCAUGCUUCACCAAUAUCAGGAAACCUUGAGGUGAGUUGCUUUGGAGAUGAUGGUAAUUCAGAUACCGGAGAUUAUUGGAGAAUUGAAAUUGAGGGAAGCGAGAAAAUAUGGAGACAAGAUCAAAGAAUAAGGCUUCGUCAUGUCGACACAAAUGGAUAUUUACACAGUCAUAAUAAGAAGUAUAACCGCAUUGCUGGCGGUCAACAAGAGGUUUGCGGUGUAAGGGAGAAAAAGCCCGAUAACAUUUGGUUGGCAGCAGAAGGUAUAUACCUUCCAACAAGCGAAACCAAAGCAUCUAUGUAGUUAUUACUUUGUUCUGUUUUGUUUUUGCAAGUGAUGAUGUUUAUUUAAGCUCAUCAAAAUUGUGGACUACAAGUUAACUUAGGGGGUCUAUCACAGCAUUUACUUAUAAUGUUAUGGGAAAAACUCAUAAGAUUGUCAUUUCAGCUUAUAAAUAUCGCACUUUUUAUA